GCCUUCCGGAGCCCGCUCAAGUGCGCUCCUUUCCCCGUCUGCGGCUUUCGAACUGCCCUGAGCGAGGUUCAGAGAGGCCGCCGCCACUGGAGGGGCGUUUUUUCCACAGCUCUGACACCUCCUGGUGUCCAGCUCCUCCGGCCCUUGCCCUUUGACCCCGCUGUGGCGGCGGGGUGAGAGGUCGGUGGCCAUCUUGUGGCGGCGGCACGGGCCGCUGUUACUGCGGAGACCCAUCCCCUCCCCCUCUUUGCCCCCCUGGCUGGCUGUCUGUCAGUAAAGAGUCCCCAAGGCCGUCAAGUGAGGCCCAGGCCUCGUGCGUCGCUCUUGCCGUCGCACUGGGCGGCCCAGGCCGCUCCCUGCUGGGCUUGACCGCUGCCACCAUGUCCUCCUUCUCCGAGUCGGCGCUGGAGAAGAAGCUCUCGGAGCUGAGUAACUCUCAGCAGAGCGUGCAGACCCUGUCCCUGUGGCUCAUCCACCACCGCAAGCACGCGGGACCCAUCGUCUCCGUGUGGCACCGCGAGCUCCGCAAAGCCAAAUCAAAUAGAAAGCUUACUUUUCUGUAUUUAGCAAAUGAUGUCAUCCAAAACAGUAAAAGGAAAGGACCUGAAUUUACUAGAGAAUUUGAAUCUGUCCUUGUGGAUGCUUUCUCUCACGUUGCCAGAGAGGCAGAUGAAGGCUGUAAAAAACCUUUAGAAAGAUUGCUGAACAUCUGGCAAGAAAGAAGUGUGUAUGGCGGCGAGUUCAUACAGCAGCUGAAGCUGUCUAUGGAGGACUCCAAGAGCCCUCCCCUCAAAGCAACAGAGGAGAAGAAGUCUCUGAAGCGAACUUUUCAGCAGAUACAAGAGGAAGAGGAUGACGACUACCCUGGAAGCUACUCUCCCCAAGAUCCUUCUGCUGGACCCCUCUUGACUGAGGAACUAAUCAAAGCUUUGCAGGACCUGGAAAAUGCUGCAUCCGGGGACGCUACUGUCCGACAGAAAAUUGCUUCUUUGCCCCAGGAAGUGCAAGAUGUUUCUCUAUUGGAAAAAAUAACAGACAAAGAGGCAGCUGAACGUCUUUCAAAAACAGUAGAUGAAGCAUGUCUGUUACUAGCAGAAUAUAACGGGCGCCUGGCGGCAGAGCUGGAAGACCGGCGCCAGCUGGCUCGGAUGCUGGUGGAGUACACCCAGAACCAGAAGGAUGUUUUGUCAGAAAAGGAGAAAAAACUAGAAGAAUAUAAACAGAAGCUUGCUCGGGUAACCCAGGUCCGCAAGGAACUGAAGUCCCAUAUUCAGAGCUUGCCGGACCUCUCAUUGCUGCCCAACGUCACAGGGGGCUUGGCCCCCCUGCCCUCUGCUGGUGACCUGUUCUCAACUGACUAGGGCAGGUGUCAUGCCCCAGAUUCCCAUCUGUACCAGCAGAAAGAAGAGGGCAGUUUGUGGUUGGAAGUAACCUUGUAGCCUCUGGUUCUAUCCCUUUCUCCGUCCGGCCCCCCAGCCUCAAGAAAGAACCACAGACUCUGAUUCUCCUCUCCGGCCUCUCCUGGUGAGCACAAUUCAGAACAGUGGCAAGUGGAAUCUGGUUUAGAUUCACAUUUGGAAAGAAUACAGACUCUCCUACUUUUUGUUUUCAUGCCCCUGUUGGUUUUCCAUUUUUACCUCUCUACGCCCAAAAGAUUAUGAAAAUCAUGUGUACUUCUGGAAGCUUUCGGAAGACUCUUGUCCUUCACGUCAGCAUUUUGUCGUGAAAGCAGCUUCUCUUUUCUGAGCUAGGCUUGUUCAGGUGUAGUACAGACGUCCACUGAG